CCUUCAAACCACAUAUUCACCGUUGAUCUGACACCAGCACAAUCAAUCAGGACCGUUGGAUAAAAAAGAUUCUUCGAUACAAAAUUUUCUUUUUUUCUGUGGAUUUAGUAGCUUUUCAAACCGACUGCAAAAGUGUGUACUUUGGGGCCUACAAAGCGUAGAAAUACUAAUAAUACUAGUUGUCGUGCCUAGCCGCAGCACGUUUUCUCUUUUCUUUUUUAUUUUUUCUCCAGAAAAUAUAUAUAUAUCAGAUUCUAAUGGUCACUGUGUUUUCAAGAAAAUCUCUCUCUCCUCUUCUCUCUCCUCUCUCUUCUCUCUCUCUCUGAUAGCUAGUCUGUGUUGGCAUAAAGAUCCCAAAAAGGAGGGUUUCAGAUAAUUCUUGAAACAAGUGAAUUGGAGAAAUAAAAAUCCCACCUUUCUGUUCCAUUUCUUGAUUUUGUUUGGUUUUAAAACAAUUAAAGAUUCGAUUUUUAUUGUGGCUUGUAAAUGGGGAGUUCUGGGGAAGACCCCAGCAAGGGCAUUGAUACAUCAGCUGGGGCUUUGGUUUGGGUUCGCCGGAGAAACGGGUCGUGGUGGCCCGGUAAAAUUCUCGGCCCGGACGAAUUGCCCGAGGGCAGUGUGCCCUCCCCAAGAGCAGGCACCCCCGUAAAACUCCUCGGUAGAGUUGAUGCAAGUGUGGACUGGUACAAUCUGGAGAAAUCAAAAAGAGUAAAAGCUUUUCACUGCGGAGAGUACGACAACUGCAUCGAGAAAGUCAAAGCUGCUUCUACCGCAUCACAUCUCUCUAAAAGAGCGGUCAAAUACGCCCGAAGAGAAGAUGCCAUUCUUCACGCACUCGAGCUCGAAGAAAGUGCUCGUCUCGAAAAAGACCCGCAAAAUGUAAACGACGAAUCGCCCUCCGCAUUAUUUCACAACCCUGGUGAAGAAACCGAAGAGGAAGACGGAGAAGAAGAAGAUUUGAAUAGUUACGAAGAGGACUCGGAUUUGGCUAAGGAAGAAGAAGAAAUCAAGAAUCCGAAUGAAUCGGAAGAAGAUGGACAAGGAGUGAAGCGUAUGAGCGUAGCAUCUUUGCUGAAAAGGAAACGAUCGCAGGUCGAUUGUGUGAAACAAGAAAUGUUGAAGAGGAAGAAUCGGAGGAGAGCUUUGACUAAAGUCUUGGAGUGUAGUACUACAAUGAUGCCUGCUCGAUUAUCGGGGCCCGCUUCGGGCGAUAAAGUUUGUGGAUUGGAAUCUGAUGAAUUGAAGAAAAACGAUUCGGAUGGUAAUGGAGUUUCAUGCGAGAACGGUGCAUUGUUCGAUGCUUCGUUGAAAUUUAAACGGGACAAUGAUGUUCCGGAAAGUGAAUCUUCUAGAAGUUUGUUUGAUGUGCAUCUCGUUGCUGAAGAAAAGCACUCGGCAGGCCUAUCCUCGAUUAUUUCCGAUGCACCACAAUCCAGUGGGUCCCGCCCAAGCCAAUGCAAUCCCACCAAAACCCUAAUUUCUUCAGGCAACGAGGAAAAAGGCACUAGCAAGUGGCGUUCGAAAGGCAAGAGGAAUUCCAGGACGAGGAAACUCGACGAGGCCCGUGUCAAGACGAGGCCCGUCACGGAAAUCGAGUUCCGAGGCUGGAGCUGGAAUAUUCCCCCGAGAGGAGGAAUAGAUUCCACCGUGGAUUCCUCAGUCCCACAUAGGUCAAUGCCCUACCGUCAGACGCGUCUCACAGUCAACCCAAAGUAUGACUCCUCCGACUUCUCCCUCGCUCACCAUAAUAGUAAUAAUAAUAAUAAUGUGGCGGGGUCCGGUUUGUUCGAUGUGGCCGUGGAGGUGAAAACGGAGUCCCGGCCACAGCGGGUCCCGUACAUCUCGCUCAUGAGCAGGCUGAACCGGCAGCCGAUCGUGGGCCACCCCCUUGCCGUUGAGGUAUUGGAUGACAGCUCGUGCGAUGACGUCAUCGAUUUCUACGGGGAGACGAAGCAUCGUGGGAGGCCAACAAAGAAGUCGAAGAAAAACAGCGGACAGCUGUCGAAGAAGACUAGGAAGCUGUCUGCAUUGAGCGGGCCCCACAGGCUGAGCCGAGAGGCGAAUAAGAUGAAGACGAAGAAGAAGAAGAAGAAGCCGGUGAUGGAGAAGGUGAAGAAGGGUCCUUGUAUAGCGUGUGUACCGUUGAAUGUGGUUUUUAGUAGGAUUAGUGCGUCGUUGAACGGGUCGGGUCGACCCGCCCCGCGUUUGGUUUCGACGGGCGGGAAAUGAGUUUCGGGAUCGGAGAGAGUUGUUGUGACAGGGUUAUGUUGUUGUGUUCUCCUUGAUUUUCUGCAGGCUUUUUAGUUUACAUAGACUGCCAAAUUCAGCUUUUUUUUCUUUUUUUUUUCUUUUUUUUUAUUACAAUAAUUGUGACAUUUUUGUUGUCAUAGGAACUACACAUGUGUUGUUGUUUGUAGAUGUACUAAAGUUUCUUUGAAUUUAGGCUGUUUUUUUGACUGUGUAUAUAUCAUGUACAAUUUUGUUCAGUUUUUGUACUUUGUAGACUUUCUUCAGAUUAUGGUAUUACCAACUUUUGGAUUUUAUUAUUUUA